AUGACACAAUCAGCUAUGGCAACACAGUUGAAGAAGGCCAGUUGUGAGGAAUGUGGAGCCGAACAUUUAAAAGCAGAAUGUCCAAUCUUGCGGCAGCAAAACAACACAAUCGGGGAAACAUACAAUUUGAGUUGGAAAAAGCACCCAAAUUUCUCUUGGAGCAACCAAAAUCGGAAUAGGCCACAAGGUCAGUAUCAGCAGCGAGAGAAAAAGCCUCAACUGGAAGAGAUGUUCGGUAAAUUUAUGGAGAAGACCAACCAGUACAUGAUGGCAGUUGCUUUGACUGGCAGAGCACCAGGCAGUUUACCAAGUAAUACUAAAAUAAACUCGAAGGAACAUGCUAAGGCAAUCACAACUCGAAGUGGAAAGCAACUACUCGAGAUACAUGUAAAAAGGCCCGGGGUAAAUCAAGAAACAAAAUCUCCUGCGAUUGAAGAGACUAUAGAGCAUGACGAGCGAAUGAAGGAAUCUACGCUAACUGAAGAUUCAAGCAAAUCACAGAGGUUAAAGAAGCAGAAGUUGGAGCAGCAAUAUAAGAAAUUUCUCGAAGUCUUCAAGAAGCUCCACAUCAAUAUUCUACUCGUUGAUGCACUAUUCCAGAUGUCUAACUAUGCAAAGUUCCUGAAGGACAUACUAUCGAAUAAACUGCCCAAAUUCAGAAAAAAGCUCUCACCGAAAUUGAAAGAUCCACGAAGUUUUACUGUUCCUUGGACUAUUGGUGAAAUUUAUUUUGAUAAGGCUCUAUGUGAUCGUGGUUCAAGUAUUAAUCUAAUGCCUAUAUCUGUUUUCAAGAAACUUGGCUUGGAAGAGGCUAAGGCAACUACAGUGACAUUGCAGCUGGCUGAUCAGUCAUUGACACAUCCCAGUAGUAUAAUAGAGGACAUGCUUGUCAAGGUUGAAAAAUUCAUAUUCCCUAUAGGUUUCCUAAUCUUGGACAUGGAAGAAGACAAGGACGUCCCGUUAAUACUGGACAGACCAUUUUUAGCAAUAGGAAGAGCCUUAAUCGACGUUUAG